GGCGCAUUCGGAAUGUCCAGAAUGUUGUGGAUCCAUCUGCUUGCCGGUCGUGGAUUACGGGGCAUGUCUGAAAUGUCCCAAGCGCAGCAACCGAUGAUCCGAGAUGUACUGCUCACUACUUCCCAGCUGCUUCCCAGCGGCAAUCCGUGGAGAGCCUGCUUACUGCCCGCCACGCUGCCCGCAAGCUGCACCCGGAACGGAUCUUGGCUUCGGCACGGCUGUUCUGGCGAAAAUUCCGAAAGAUGCAGGCGUUCCGUAUUACUUAUUUGGUUCAUUUCCUGCCAAUGAGAUGAUAAUUUCUACUGAUUUCAAAAUGGUUCAAACCAUGAUACGAUUUUCACUAGUUCAAACCAUGAUUGGAUACCCUACACUUCUGUAUUUUGGAGGUAUGGAGAAUGAACAUCCGGAUAUUGAAAUUCAACUGAAUAUUGUUGAUAUCCUCGAUUAUGUUGGAGAAUCGGUUAGGCCAAUAAAAGAAGGGUAUGCUGUUUAUGCUGCCAAUCAUAUUGUGUGCAUAGGCUAUCGCGAUACCCAACGGAAUGAUAUGCUUACGGAAGUGGUCGGUUACGUAACUCAAACCUCCCAUCCAGGGUGUUCUCCCCACAAAGUUGUAUUACUAGUUGGAUCGGAUAUUUCACGAUGGGUACUAAAAUGUUCCUGUAAAGCUGGUACAGCCAAGUGCAAGCACAUCAUUGCUUGCCUUUUGUUCAUUGAGAAGAAUCGUUUACUGGAAUACAUGUCGUGCACAGAUGUGACUCAAGCAUGGGGCAUUUCCAAAGCUGGGAAAAAAGCAACAUGGGGUGCAAAACGAGUCACAGAUCUAUGUUGUGUCAAUAAGCCAAAAUUACUUGAAGCGACGGAGAGCAAUGCCGAGUUGGAGUUAUUAACGACAAGUUUCGAUAGGAUACUGAAUGUAGACUUAUUUCAUAGUACUUUUCAUUUUAUUUUAGUGUCCAAAAACUCCUCUAUAUUCAAACAUAUUCAAGGGAGACAUUUGAAUGUACUCAAAACAUUUCCGAAUCGGGCGAUACAAAGUUCUCGUGGAAUUAACAAUACUUGUGUUCCGACACCCUACAUCGAUGCUAAUGAGCUCUUAGCGUGCCUGAGGAGAACUACUUCAAUAAAUAUUCUAACUAGGUCUAUUGAAGUCCAGGAGGAACGUGAAUAUUUCGAGAAUGUCAUCAAAGUUGAUAUCGAGAAGUGCAUUGAAAUCGCUAUUGAGUCGCAGGAGCAGAACACAAAUAGCUGGCGCAUCUAUCCCUCUAAGCAUAACGGCAAGUUCCGCCUACAAACUGUUCACUUGUUUGAGUAACAAACCCCCCGACUGGGAUAAAAAGAUAUCCCAAUAUUGGGAUGGAAGAACGUUAAAAAUAGCAGCUACAAAAUAUGGAAAGGAAGCAGAACCAUUUGCUUUCG